AUGGGUCAAAUCUCCGUUAAAGUUGGAGGACUUCUGGUGUUCCUAUUAUUCGCUUUCUGCGGAUCCGUGAAGGCUGUGGGAGAUGGAUCGGAAGAUCAAAAUAAUGGAUUUGCGGGCCAUCCGCCACCUUUCUUCACAUGCAGUAUCAACAAGUAAGUUAUUAAUAAGAACUUAAAAAUUAACUGUCUCCAUUUUUUCCGGACACCAACUAAUGAAUUAAAUUUUCAUUGCUAAUAGUCUCGCAUAUAUCUUAUCCCAGUCGUUUUAUCCAACUUUCAGCUAUUUCCUCUACACAAUUGCCAAAGAGAAUGAAGAGGGUAGUGGCGAGUCUGCCUUCGCUGCAAUCGUGGAGAAGAUCUUUCAAGAAACGGGCAUUCGCGGUGUUGUUGUGAACAAGAGAAUAAUAAAUGUCGUUCGGAAAAAGAUUGGGUCUCUGUGUGCCGAACUCAAAAGAGUCAAGAAGAAAAGUGGAGGUUUCGGUGUCAAAAGAAUCAUAAACAAAUGGCGUGACCAAACUUAUGAGGUGAAGAUAUUUUAUCACGAACUUCACAAAUACGUUAUCGAAAAGGAGAAUCAGGAUUUACGAGGGAAGAAACGAACACUGGAAGAAUCUUUAGCGAAUGAAACAACUAAGCGACAGAAACUCGAGAAAAAACUCGGCGACACAGAGAGGAGCUGCAAUUAUCUGAAAAAAAGGUUUCAAAGUCUUGUUAAAAAAGUUGAGAAGAAGAACAAGAAAGGAAUUAGGGGCCCUGAAAAAAAGUCAUUUGCUGAGUAUUCAAAGCAGCACCAAAGCAGGAUUAAA